CCCCAACCCUAAAAUAAAAGCUCUUCAAUCUUUCCCUUCCCUCUCACACACACUUACAAAUUUCCCUCUUCACUUUCUCUCUCUUCUUUCUCUCUCUUAGCCUAUGCCACUUUCUCUUUCACCCUGAAUUUUUUCUUCCUUCACCAUUUUCCCUCUCAAUCAAAUGGGAAAGUACAUGAAGAAAUCUAAAAUCUCCGGUGACGUCGCCGCCCUAAUCAUGGAGUCACCGCCGCCGCACUCGCACCUUGGCGUCCGUACGCGCGCCAAAACCCUCGCGCUCCAGAACUCGCCCCAAACUCCCGACUCCGCCGUGUACCUCCAGCUCCGCAGCCGCCGCCUCCUCAAGAUACCCCCUCCCAUCCCGGAAAAGCCCCGACGUUGUGCCGCCGCCGAUUCUGCCCCCAAUUCCCGCCUCUCCCAAACUGCGCUCUCCAAAACGCCUUCGUCCCGCUCCGCUGAAAAGUUCGCGCCUUUAGAUGACGACAACGCUGAAUGCUCCUUUGGUCAAAAUUUCCUAGACGUCGAAGGCAGAGACGAAAGAAGCACUAGGGAAAGCACACCCUGUAGUUUAAUAAGGGACCCAAAUGUCAUCCAUACCCCCGGUUCAACUACAAGGCAAAGGACGCUCCAAAAAAAGCAUGAUCACAUACAAAGGAACAUUCCACCGGCUCAUGAGUUGGAGGAGUUCUUUGCUUAUGCAGAGAAGCAGCAACAGAAAAUGUUUAUGGAAAAGUACAAUUUCGACAUUGUCAAUGAUGUACCACUGCCUGGACGGUACGAAUGGGUCCCAGUACUCCACUAAGAUGAUAAGCUUCAGUGUCAUAUGGUGAUAAUAUGGAUUUCAAGGAUAUCUGACAUGUAUUGUAACAACUAGAAGCUGUCACUAACCAUUUACUUUGCUUGAGGUUAUUGUUCAAGUAGCUACUAGGGAAAGGAUGUUUAGGAAUUUAUUAUAUCUGAGUAGUUUAGAGUUUUUAUGUCUUUCUGAUUUGUAGGGGGUAGGGGGUAUAUGGUAUAUCUAGUUGCAGCUCUUUAAUGUAAUUUCAUUUUCUUGUGUUUAUAGUUCAGUGGGGAUCAGAUCAGACAUCAUGUUACUUUAAAGUGUUCUCAUCAAUUUAAGUUCCUCAAGUUUGAAAUUUGGAAUACUGUUAAAUUUUAAUCUUGGGGACCAUCUACUUGUUCCAUGGUCCCACAGUUUCAUGCAACCAGUAAAAAGUUCUUCUGCAUA